AAUCAUUGCUCUUUCAACAAAAUACUCUGGUGCUCUGCUGCUCCAAAAGAAAUACAAAGACAUUGAGCCCACGGUGAAGAUGGAGGAGGUGGACGGAGAGGAGCUGGUGAAGACGUUUGCUGAGGAGAUGGAGGGCAUGCUGGGUAGGAAGAUGAAGUCUGUCAAGAGACUGGCGGAGGCAGCGGAGGACGCUGAUCUAUACCAUGAAUUCAACGCUACUUUAGAGUUUGACUACUAUAACUCUAUGCUGAUCAACUCGGUGGAUAAAGAUGGAAACGCUAUCGAGCUGGGAGGAGAGUUUCCUCUGGAAGAGAAUGAACACUUCAACAAGCUCCAGGUCAACACUCUGCAGAGCGACAUACAGGUUCCCACCAACGUUUACAACAAAGACCCUGGUAUUCUAAACGGGGUGUACAUGUCGGAGGCCCUGAACGAUGUGUUCGUGGAUAACUUCCAGAAGGACCCUACUCUAACCUGGCAGUACUUUGGCAGUGCCACUGGCUUCUUCAGACUCUACCCAGGCAUCGCAUGGACCCCGGAUGAAAAUGGCGUCGUCACGUUUGACUGCAGGAACAGAAACUGGUACAUCCAGGCUGCGACCUCUCCCAAGGACAUCAUCAUCGUAGUGGACGUCAGCGGGAGUAUGAAGGGUCUCAGGCUCACUAUCGCCAAGCACACUAUUAACACCAUCCUGGACACACUAGGGGAGAACGACUUUGUCAACGUCAUCGCCUACAGCGACUAUGUCCAAUACGUUGAACCCUGCUUCAAGGGCACCCUGGUCCAGGCUGACCUGGACAACCGAGAGCACUUCAAGUUGCUGGUUGAGGAGCUCCAGGUAAAAGGAGAGGGGAAAGUCAAGAAGGCCAUGAAGGAAUCCUUCAAGAUCCUCAAUGAGGCUGCAUCUUUGGGUCAGGGCAGUCUGUGUAACCAGGCCAUCAUGCUGAUCACUGACGGAGCCAUGGAGGAUUAUGAGGAAGUGUUUCAGGAGUUCAACUGGCCAGAACGCAGGGUGCGUGUUUUUACUUACCUUAUUGGUCGUGAGGUGACCUUCGCUGACACUGUGAAGUGGAUUGCCUGCAACAAUAAAGGUUACUACACACACGUCUCCACGCUGGCCGAUGUUCAGGAGAAUGUCAUGGAGUACCUUCACGUUCUGAGUCGACCAAUGGUCAUCAACCAUGAUCAUGACAUCAUCUGGACAGAGGCUUACAUGGACAGUGCGCUGUUCAACACCCAGGCUCAGAGCCUGCUCCUCAUGACCUCUGUGGCCAUGCCUGUGUUCAGCAAGAAGAAGGAGACUCUGUCUCAUGGUAUUCUGCUGGGGGUGGUGGGGACUGACGUCCCUCUGAGAGAACUGAUGAGGCUGGCUCCUAGAUACAAGCUGGGUGUCCAUGGUUACGCCUUCCUCAACACCAACAACGGUUAUAUCCUCGCCCACCCUGCCCUCCGACCCCUGUAUAAGGAAGGAAAGAAGCUGAAGCCAAAACCCAACUACAACAGUGUUGAUCUGGCUGAGGUGGAGUGGGAGGACACGGAUGAGACGUUGAGAACUGCCAUGGUAAAAGGAGAGACAGGUACUCUGUCCUUAGACGUCAGAGCCACUGUAGAGAAAGGGAGAAGAGUCAUGUUCCUGAAGAAUGACUACUUCUACACAACCAUCAACGAGACGCCGUUCAGUCUUGGCAUGGUGCUGACCAGAGGGCACGGAGAAUACAUCUUCAUUGGGAAUGUGUCUGUUCGGGAAGGCCUCAAUGACCUGAUGCAGCCAGAUGUGUCCAUCGCAAAUGAGUGGACCUACUGUGAGACAGACAUUGACCCUCACCACCGCAAGCUGACCCAGCUCCAGGCUGUGUUUCGAUACCUCACAGGGAAGGAACCUGAUCUGGAGUGUGAUGAGGAACUGUUGAGACAGACUCUGUUUGAUGCUGUGGUCACAGCCCCCAUGGAGGCUUACUGGACAGCAAUGAUGCUCGACCCAUCUGGUAUGGACGAGGGGGUGGAGACUGCGUUCCUGGGCACCCGGUCUGGUCUGAUGAGGGUCACCAGAUACGUGGGCAUUGAGAAACGUGUUGCCAAGAAAUUCCUGUCUCCGUCGGACAAGGAGAACAUCUUUACGAUGGACCACUUCCCCGUGUGGUAUCGCCGCGCUGCAGAGUACCCCGCCGGCAAGUUCCUGUACUACAUCCCCAAAGAGGACACCAGAGAUGCGUCAGGGAGGAUGGUGAUCGCCACCACAGCUGUGACUGUCACCGUGGGCAAGAAGACUGCAGUGGCAGGAGCCAUUGGGGUUCAGAUGGCACUGGACCUGUUAGAGACCAGGUUCUGGGCUACAGCUAAGCAGCCCAAUGACACAGACUGCUCUAAUACAGAGGGCAUCUGUCCGCUGGCAUGUGAAGCCAUGGACCUGGCCUGCUACCUCAUCGACAGCAAUGCUUUCAUAAUCAUCUCCAAAGAAAAAAGCCAUGUGGGGAGGUUCUUUGGAGAAGUUGACGGCUCAGUGAUGGCACGCCUUAUCAAGAUGGGCAUGUUCAAAAGGGUAUCUCUGUACGACUAUCAGGCCAUGUGUAAGAUGGGAGGACAUUCUGCCAGCAGCGCCAGACCCCUUCUUAGUCCCUUCUAUGGUCUGGCGGCUGCUCUAAAGUGGUUCCUCACCAACUUCCUACUGUUUUUACUGGAGUUCAACAUCUGUGGUCUCUGGCACUCUGACCGCUUUGCUGAAGCCAAGCCUGGCUUCAAAGCGUCGGCCCAGAAGAAGAAGGGCGACAUCCUGCAGCCGUGUGACACAGAGUACCCCAGCUUUGUCUACGAGCCCUCCAUCAAGGAGACCAACAGCCUCAUUAAGUGUGGACGCUGUCAGAAGAUGUUUGUAACCCAGGCUGUCCCUGACAGUAACCUGCUGAUGUUGGUGGUACAGGCAGACUGUGACUGUUCCCGUCAGUACCCCGCUAUCACCAUGGAACCCAAGGAAGUGAAAUAUAUCCUUUAACAUGAAGCGCUA